UGGUGCGCCCUCAGCUACUGCUGGGGCGGGCCCCAGCCCGUGACCACGACCAGAGCCACCUACGACGCCCACCUCUCCGGCAUCCCCCUGGCCAGCCUGCCCGCCACCCUCCGCGACGCCAUCACCACCACCGCCCUGCUCGGGAUUCCCUACAUCUGGAUCGACGCGCUGUGCAUCAUCCAGGACGACGAGCGCGACAAGGCGGUCGAGAUCGCGCGCAUGCCGGCCGUGUACGAGCGCGCGCGCGUCACCCUCGCCGCCUCCAGCGCCGCCGCCUGCGCCGACGGCUUCCUGGCCGAGCGCGCCUGGCACGCCCUCUGCACCGAACCGCAGGAGCAGCAGCCGCCGCAGCAGGCACCACCACGGCUGGGCGCGGUGAUCCUCUCGCGGCAGCCGUACCGCACAGGGACGGACCCGAUCAACGCGCGCGGCUGGACGCUGCAGGAGCGGGUGCUGUCGCCGCGGCUGCGGGAGUUCGCGACGGCGCAGGUGCGGUGGCGGUGCGCGGAGGCGGCGGGCAGCGACGGGGCGGCGCUCGACACGGGGGGCCGGGGCAGGUCCGACGACGCCGACGCCGACGGGACGGGCGCCGUGCGGCUCGAUCGCGAGGAAGCGCUGUUGCAGGUCUGGGACGGCGUGGUCUGGGAGUACUCCAAGCGGAAGCUCACCGUGCCCGGGGACAAGCUCCCAGCCGUGUCGUCGGUGGCCACUAGGCUUUCUGAGCUGGCGAAUGGGGUCCUCGGCCGUUAUUACGCCGGCAUCUGGGAGGCGACGCUGCCGCACGCGCUGCUGUGGCACCCCACGCCGGACGGCGGCAAACGCUUCGCCGAGUACGUGGCGCCGAGCUGGUCCUGGGCGUCCUACGACGGACCGGUA